CACAUUUCCAUUUGACUUCACUCAUACCUCUUAUUCACCCGCUGUUGUUCGCGCGGUCAAGACAUUGUCCCCACAUUAAAUCAAACCUAUAACGACGAAAGUUGUCACCGCAAGAAGAGGAAGGAUAAAACUUAUAAAGGACGAAAUUUUCGACCCACAAAAGAGCACAAAAUGCCUGCGGUUAAGCGGAAAGCUCCCCCUACGCUGGGUGCUAAGCUCCAGAGACGUGUUCGCCCGAGAUUUGAAGCCGAGCCCGACUCGGAUGUGGAGGGGAGCUCAGAUGAGGCCCCCAGUGAGGAAGAGGGUGGCGGCUUCCACACAGGCAGCGACACCGAGGAGGAGGAUGAAGAGAUCGAGGAGGGCAGUGAAGCAGGCAGUGACGAUGAGUCCGAUGCACCCUCAGAGCACGGCGGCGCCGGCAUCGAUGCCUCGCAACUCUCAUUCGGUGCCCUCGCCCGAGCCCAGGCCUCUCUCGGCGCACUGAAGAAAAAGAAGAAGAGUAAGGGUGGCGACGAGGAGUCCUCCGACGACGAAGAGAAAGAAGAGCCCAACUGGAAGACCGAGAUCGAAAAGGGCAUGAAAGCCAAAGCCGAGAAGCACCACCGGACCUCCAAGCACGCGCCCGUCGAGAUGACCUCCAAAAAGCCCGUCUCUCGGCGUCGCGACUUCCUCGCCAACAACAGCGAGCCCGCCAAGCCCAAAUCGCGGGACCCCCGUUUCGCCCCGCCCGGAAUCGGUGGCGGCAGCUCCGGCGGCAGCAAGGGCGUAGUAGACGAGAUCAAGGCGCGCAAAGCCUACUCGUUCCUGGACGACUACCAGGAGGACGAGAUGAAGCAGCUGCGGAUGGCGAUCAAGAAGACGAAAGAUGCCAAGGAAAAGGAGCAGCUGCAGCGGGCGCUGCUGUCGAUGGAGAGCAAGAAGAAGGCGCGCGUCCGCAAGGAUAAGGAGCGCGAGCUGUUGUCGGAGCACAAGAAGAAGGAGAAGGAGCUCAUCAAGCAGGGCAAGACGCCCUUCUACCUGAAGAAGUCAGAGCAGAAGAAGCAGCUGCUUGUGGAGCAGUUUGCGAGCAUGAAGAAGAGCCAGGUCGAUAAGGCGAUUGAGCGCAAGAGGAAGAAGAUUGCGGGUAAGGAGAAGAAGGCGUUGCCGUUGGCGAGACGGACGGCUGAGGAUAGGUAAAGGGUAGGUAGGGU